AUGUCUGUUAACCCUACUGAGUCUAAUGACCUGGAAGUAGACAUCGUCCUGCCAAAUUUUGACCUAAAUGUAUUGAGAAAGAAGCGGACGAAGACGUUAAUCAUAGGAGAGAAGACGAUUCCAGCCAAGAAAUUGACAACUUCAUCCACGGCUAAAAAUCGAAAAAGAGUAAAAAAAAACAAACUAGACUGGCAGAGAUUUAACGCCUCUUGCCAAGGAAAAAUGAGUGGCUGAAUUGACAUGACAGACAUACCUGCACCUGAUCUUGACAAGCUCCUUUGCAGUUUUUUUUCAAAGACCUGAGAAAAAAAGAUGACAGCGACUACGAGCCCGACAGGGUCUCCAGUUUUCAAAAGAGCAACCAGCGCCACAUUACUACCCUUUAACAUCCUCAAAGAUGAUGCUUUCUCCCGUUCAAGGAGAAUCUUGGCCGCCAAGAGAAAGAGCUUAGUUAAGGAAGGACGUGGAAACAAACCGAACGCUAGCUGUGAGUUGACGGAUGAAGAAGAAGCGAAGCUCUUUGAAGCAGGUAAAUUCGGAAAUCACAAUCCACUGGCAUUGCAGCGCACCCUGUUGUGGUUUUUAUCAAUGCAGUUUGGCUUCAGAGCCAGGGAUGAAAGUAGGAAGUUGUGUUGGGGAGAUAUAGUGCUGGACGUCGACGCCGUGACCGGCCGUGAGGUGCUAGUGUGGACAGCCGAAAGGGGAAGCAAAACGAGCCAAGGUCUCAAACGCGGUCAUCAACGUCAAUUCUGUCCUAAACCGUUUGCCACCGGCACAAACAGAUGCCCUGUUCUUUAUUACAAUUUGUUUAAGGCCCGCCGUCCGCAGAAAGCUAACAGCCCAGAAUCACCGUUCUCUCUGGCAGUUAAUCACCAAACCUGGCGCCAAAGCCAAGUUUGGUACAAGGGCUAA